AUGGCGAUGCAUACGCGCUCAACCGCCCCUCCGCUGGGUGCGUGCGCUGCUCUCUCCCUGCUCGCUUUUCCCGUCACCUGCACUGAGCUGUGCGGUGCUGUCCAUGCAGUGGUGCACACUUCCAUGCUGUCGCCGGUGGUGGUGGAUGGGUUUCGGGACUUUGGCAGUGAGGCGGGCACGAGGGCGCGGGCGCGGGGAGAGGGGCAGCAGGGCGGCGAGGGGGGGGCAGCACGGCAGGCGUCGCUGGCAUCGCUGUUUGAGCCGCCCUAUGACAUCCUGUUUGCUGGCUCCUUUGACCAGGCGAAGCAGCGGGCGGGGGCGGAGGGCAAGUGGCUGUUGGUGAACGUGCAGUCGACGGGGGAGUUCGCGUCACACAUGCUCAACCGGGACGUCUGGGCCGUGGAUGCGGCGGCAGCGGAGGGGGCGAAGGUGUGUGGGUACUACGGGGUGGAGGCGCUGCCCGUGGUGAUGGUGCUGCACCCCUCCACGGGCCGGCGCAAGCGCUGCUGGCAGGGCGCGCUCUCUGCUGACCAGCUGCUCGAGGACCUGAUGCCAUUCAUCGACCGUGGCCCCGUGGGGGGCGCACCUGGGGCGGGUGGGGAGGUGCGGCCGCCCAAGAAGCUGCGGGAUGUGCCCACGGGAGGGGAAGGGGAAGCGGAGGGCGCGGGGGCAGUGGGGAGCGGCGAGGAGGACGAGGAGGAACAGCUGCGCCUGGCGCUGGCCGCUUCCCUGGAGGGACACACAGAGGAAAGAGGGGAGGAUACAGAGGGACGGAGAGGCGAGGCAGAGGGGAGGGAGCAGGGUGGGGCCGUAGGGGCAGGCAGGGAUGACAUCUUGCAUGCGGCAGAAGGGGAGCAGGAGCAGCAGGGGGCGUUGGCAGGAGGGGCAGCAGAAGAGGAGGUUGAGUUACCAGAGGAGCCUGCAGUGGGCACUCCUGCCAGCUGUCGCAUUGCCAUUCGCUGCCCGGAUGGCAGUCGGCUGCAGCGUCGGUUCCUCUCCUCGCACUCUCUCCAGGUGCUGAGGGCAUGGUGUAGGCAGCAGGUGCCAGGGGCGGCAGCGGGGAGGCCCUUCCGUCUGUCACAGGCGCUGCCCGGCUCCGCUCCGCUCGACCUCUCCUCGCCCACCACCAUUGCCGAGGCCGGCCUUGCCAACUCCCUGCUCGCCCUCGCCUGGGACUGA